GUUAUAUUUCUUAACAAACCUAGUGUAAUGCUCUCACUCGCUCAGAAUAAUCUUUUUUGGUCUAUUUAUUUUUUUGAGAUCAUUGUGGUAGGUAUGUUGUCUGGAUGAAUCUGUUACCCUGAAACCCAUCCAUGUAUUCUGUUGUUUCAGCAUCAUUAUCCUCGUCUAGGAUGACUAGUCUUCAUAUAACACUUCUCAUGUAAAGUCUAAUUGUUUCAUUUACCUAAAUAGAUUCGGACAUUAUCAAGUCAUUGCCAAGAAGGAAAAACUCAAUUUCCUCCUUCUCCAAGAUGUACAGUGUACAUCAAAAACAAUAUUUUCUCCAAAGCGGAGAGUAAAAUAGUGUGGAAAUUAAUAAUGAAAAAUGUUGGUAUCCAUCACGCAAUUUUCACACCAUUUUCUAAGAGACUUGCAUUCUUAUCUGGACGCAAUUAUAAUCGCGAUAAUUUUUUGAAUAGUGAAAGAUAAAUAUAGUGAAUAGUCGCGACAUUGAGAGGCUCUUAUUUCUUAUCUAAUUAAUAUGAGACUAAGGUAUUAUUCUUUCGAUAAAGUCUGAGUGGAUAAGACGUUUUCUGAACUUCAAGACCAAAACUGAAAGUACAGAAAUGGAAAAACAAAACAUUAAUUUAUCAUUCAAUAAAGAAGUGAAAGGUGAGAUCAGGAAGUUUUGGGUGCAAAUCUUGUCAGAAGAUCAAAAAAAGGAAGCCCUUGAAAUAUUUCGAAGAUAUUUUGUACGAGAUGAACCCUUGUGUAGAUGCUUGGAAAUGAUUGAGGAUAAAGAGUCCAUGGAAUACUUUACAAGGUUUUUGUGGUACGCAAUAAAUCAGAAUUGCACUUUGGCCUGCUUCGUUGAACUGGAAGAUGGACAGAACGAAAUGGUAGCAGUUAAUAUUUGUUACCGAAAUACAACCGUUAAAGAAAUGGUGCAAAGAGCUGAGUUUCAGGAAGUUCCUGAAGGAAUCAAUAAGAUUCUCGAAACACUCAUGUACCUGAAUAAGCUGAAGGAUAUUUCGCAGGAAAUGAAUGUAACGGAGUAUUUGACAUCAAUAGGUUUGGUUGUGAUUCCGGAAUACCGAGGGUAUAAUUUAGGGCUGCAAGUUUUGGCUUCAAGGAAAAUGCUUUGUGAGAAAUUGGGACUGAAGGCUUCUCUCACUACUUUUACGUCACCAGCGUCUCAACGUUUGGCCGAAAAGGGAGGAUUUAAGGAUAUUGUUUCUCUAACUUACGACGAAUUGGAGAAGAUGAGACCAGCUUCCAAAUUUCCAGACAUCAAUAAAUACUCCAAACGUAUCAGAAAUAUGUAUAUUUUAUAUGAAUAAUUGUUUUGAGUUUUGAGGGUAUAAAAAUGAAUUUGUGAUAGGGACAUUGAUUGCCUUAUUGUUUUAAUGUUUACUCUAGUGAGUAUAUGGAAAAAAACACUCCACAUUUU